ACUAGGUGAUGUUAAAACGUGUUACUUCAGAUGUCAACUUGAUAUUUAUAUUGAUUUUGUAGAAUUUAAAGUGAAAUUUGAAGAAGCAAAAGAAAAAAAAAACACCAGUGUGAAUAAAACAAGUGUAAAUUUCAUCAUGAAAGUGUUUAUUAGUCUCACUGUAUGCUGUUUCGUGUUAAGCGCGGAUUCACAAAGCAGCUUCCGGACACAAAAUCAGUAUCCCAAAUACGAUCCCACAAUCAAUUCAGAUCAAAUUUAUUUUGACGACAACCGACCUAGUGGCUCAAUUAAUAUCCAAAAGGAAUUAUCUAAUUUAAAUGGAUUGACGAUUGGAACAAAACGACCGAUUAUUAACCCCAAUUUCGGAGCUCCGCAAUAUAGUCCUUAUGCAAACAAUGUUAUAAUUCAACCAUCAAUACAAACUUAUAACCAAGAAACCACCAAAAUCGUUCCUCAAAAGUCCGGCACACCAGCUAAAAAGAUGACAGAUACGUUUUUUCAAGCGCAAGCAACAAGACCAGAGAUCGAUAGUGUCGAUUAUGCUAUAACACAUUUUGGAAUAAAUAUAUUUAAGCAAAUAACAAGCAGUCAGCCAGGUAACAUGGUGGUAUCUCCAUUCUCCAUCACGACAUUAUUGGCUCUUCUUCAACAAGGCGCUACAGGAUCCACUUUGGAUCAGAUCAGUGCAGCUUUGCAACUAGCACCAUUAAAGACUUCGGAGGUAUUUAGGAAUGUCAUGGAAAACGUACAAAAACGUCAAUCUCAGAAUAUACUUAAAACGUUGAAUAACAUAUUUGUGGCCGAAACGUUCAACCUCAAUCGUGAUUUCGAGAGAAUUGCAAAAAGCGAUUUCGGAAGUGACGUAACGCUCAUGAAUUUUGGAAGACCCGAUGUGGCCAUACAGAGGAUCAAUAACUGGGUAGGCGCAAUGACGAAUGGUAAAAUAGAAAAUUUAUUAUCACAAGAUGCCAUUAGCCAGAGCUCGCAGCUGGUUCUCGUCAACGUGGUUUACUUUAAAGGAUUAUGGCAGAUCCCGUUCAGAACCGAAUCAACUGUACCGCAACCAUUCCUUUUAAAGGGUGGAAUACAGAAAACGGCACCAUUCAUGAGAACGAGACGCUACUUCAGAACGGGCUUGGAUCCCAUCACCAACGCGAAAGUUGUCUCCUUGCCGUUCGAAAAAGACCAAUAUUCGCUUUUGGUUGUUUUACCGCAUGAACAGUCUGACAUCGACACACUGAUUUCUAGAUUAACAGUGGAACAACUUAUCGCUUACCAAAACUUCACAGCAAUGGACGUUGAACUGGAAUUGCCUAAAUUUACAGUAAAGGGGGAUACUGAUUUAGUGCCGGUAUUCAAUAGGAUGGGAAUAUCAAACAUGUUUAGUAAUCGCGCAGAGCUAUUCGGCUUAGGAACCUUUAGAGAGUUUUCUCCGCAAGUUUCGUCCGCUGUGCAUUCGGCAGUACUGUCCAUUGAUGAAAAGGGGGGUUCUGCAGCGGCUGCAACAUCUUUUGGUGUGGUAGCGUUGUCUUUCGAUGAUCCUGCAGUAGUCUUUAAAGCGAACAGACCCUUUUUAGCCGUAUUAUGGGACACUGCUCUAAGCUUACCUCUGUUUAUGGCUAAAAUUGAAGACCCCACAGAAUAACCACGAUUGAUAGUCUAUUGAAGAUAAAUUACCGUCUUGAUGUAAAUACAAUGUAGUUAAAUAUGAA